GCAUCCUGGCUCUGUGAUUGGCUGCUGGGAGCGGCGCUGCAGACACAGCAGGCUGAAGAAGAGGAGGACAGAUGUUCUUCAUCCUUCUCUCUGGGUUUAUUUAACGCCAUGGACCUGCAGCCCACCCGCCGCCACCGCUGCUCGCCCCGCGGCAUCAUGGGAGCUGGAGUCCCGCGGGGCCACAGCUGAUCAGCUGAGGAUUCUUCCUGCCCACCGCGGAGCAACGAUGGGCUGCAGGCUGAGCCGCAAGGGUAAAACUCACGAACCGCCCCGCCACCGGCGCCAGGAGGAGCUGCACUUUGUGGACGAGUAUGGCCAGCCAAUCACAGUGCAGGUGGACAGCAAAAGGGGGCGUGGCCACAGGAGGCGGCGGUCCCACUGCGCCAUCGAGUGCAGCGUCCCAUCAGAGAGGCACUGGGAGGCCCUGCGGGCCAUGGGCCUGGUGGAGGGGGACGAGGGCCAGGCGGACCUCUACGGCGCCGGGAGCUACUACGGUCACCUGACUGUGACACCUGACCCAUACCCGACCAACAGCCACAUGAUGAUGUCACCUGAUGUCUAUCGACCCAAUGGCUACCUCCCCACAGCAUCAAGUGAUCAACACCCCGGUAUCAACUACCUGCCCAGCGUCUCCUACAGCUUGGACCACCUGGACAGACUGGACUACCAGGGUCCAGAGAUGUUGCCCUACCAGCCGAACUCAGAGAGCUGUCUGAUUGGCUGCUAUAGCUCAGAAGAAGGGAAGCCGAAGAGUUUCCCCAGACAGGUACAUGAGUCUGACUACCGACCUCCUUGGAGGCCUGACCGUCCUCUCAGCUACCUGCCCCUCAGCGAGCUUGACAGCGGGUUGGGAUGUGGACCCGACAGCCCGCACCACAGGGUGGCGCUCUCAGAAGCUGAGACAGAUGCCAUGUCAUCACUGCCAGGCCACACCCCUUCCUCUCAAGGCUCCUCCUCAUCCUCGGAGUCCCUGAUCUCGUCCGAACCCAGCGACUCCGGCUUCCACAGCGUCAGCACCGGCGAGCACAGACGGCUACACAAGAUUCCUAGCAGCCACACUCACCGGCCGGCUCACCACUUCCGCUCAGGCCACUCUCCUCGAGAGCAGAGAGGACGCUGGGAUUUGGAGUCCAUCCCUGAGACGACGCCAAUGACCCACUCCGGACCAGCACAGGCGUCCCGCUGCUCAGUGGGAAACAGCACGACCACAAUGGUUCACUUCCACAGAGCGGAGAGAAGUCCCACGUUACCUCGCCACCAUUCCCCCCCAUCGCCCUCCAUCGGGAGUCGUACCGAGCCCUGCCAGCGGAGGGCACUGUGGUUGGAGCAGCAACAGCAGGGUGGAGGCAGAAAGAUGGAGGCUCCAGGGCGGAGUCGAACAAUAACAGAUUUGAGUGAAGGACAGCAGCGCCGCAGGGCAAGUCAUCCCAACACGACGAACCCAAACGCCCUUAGAAACACUCACCAGAACAGCCAUCCGAGUCCGAGCAGUAGCACGAUGGGACCGAGGAGCAGGGCCAGUUAUCCCAGUAACUGUCAUCCCACUGGCCAGGUCAGCCUAGACAGAGUCAGUCUGCUUAAUCAUCAUAGCUCAAACCGGAGCAGAGAGGAGGACUCCCUCUCCAAGAGUCCUGGAUCUGCCUCUAGUGGAGUCAGUGGAGUCUCAGACUGGCGAGCAUUUCAGACUCUUGGAAGUCACAUGGAAAAACCCAAAACUUCCUGUGGUCCCUUUUACAGCACACUGGGGGCCCCAGAGCGAAGCCCAAGAUCUCCAACGUCUCCUCGCUCCAGGCUAUCCAAUCAGAAGUCAGUUCGAAAUCAGCUGCUCAGAGCCCGAGCUUACCGAUUGGCCAGGGAGCGCAGUGAGGUCACAACAGAUGAAGAAAUGCGAGGAGACGGGUCAAGAGGAGGCCAGGACGAAUGGGAGGAUGGUCGGUGGGCGGGGAGAUACUGGAAUCGAACGGAGAGGAGACGACACAUGGCGUUGUCACGGCAACACCGAGAGAGGAGGGGAGUGGUGGAGGAACCUUUGGGUGGAUGCCAGGGGGCAGCGGCGUCUCAGACGGUGCUGGAGCUGAGCCACCUGAAGCAGAACCGGCUGAGGAACAGCAAGCUGCUUGAUGAUUGGACGACAGUGGAGGAGCUGCUGACGCACGGGACGCGGGUGGAGAGUGACAGUCAGCUGUGUCCCAGUCCGUUGCUGUCAGUCACCACCGUCUGAUCCUUACACAGACACUUCCUGUUAGCUCAGAGCAAAACCUCACUGAGGUCCAGAUUCAUGAAGGGUUCAGCUAAUGCGCUCCAGAACAUUGACCCAGGCUGAUCCAGUCUAAGCCCUCCAGCUUGGUAGGUCUGAACUUAUAAAAGUCUAAUCUAAAAGUUAAUUAGCCAAAAAUCAUUAUUUACAACCAAAUCUGUCAGAGAAUGCCAUUCCAAAGAACCACUUUCUAGUUGUCAACACAAAGCCUUGUUCAACUUAGAACAGCUUUCUGAGCAGCUAUCUGCCAGGUGUUAAGCCCAAAUGUUUACCGGUGUUCACCAAUAGCUGGUGAGACUUUAUGGAUCUGGAGGUCUAGAGGAAGACAAACCUGAGCAAUAACUUCCACAUUUCAGGAAAAACUGCCUUCGGGCUGCAACUUUUUGAGUCUGGAUCUCAGUGAUGUCAGAACUGAAGGGCACACUGUUACAGCCGUGGAUCAGAACCUAGAGGUCUGACCUUAAGUUCAAACCUGAAAUACUCAAAGCUACAGCUGGAAUCAGUGGAAAAGAUGGGAAAAAAUCUGUCAGCAGUUCUGCAGAACCUGAGUGAGUUUAAACAAACAGCACCAUCUGAAAGCGGCCAGAGAAACCAGCUGGUUUGCAUGAGUCAAAUGCCUCUGGAGAGAUUCACAACUCUGUUGAGAAUCUUUGCACAGCAGACCGUCUGUGACUCUCAUCAAAUAUCACAGGAGUGGUAUUUCCUGGUGAAAAGUGACUCCAUCUCAUCUUUGGGUAAACUGGCUCAACUCGAGUUUGUGCCAUAAAUAUCAGAGUUGACUCUCCAACAUCUCCCACGUUACAGGACUGUUGGGAGUCUGACUGCACCUUGGAGGACUUCUGCACCUUUCUCAUCAAAUAGUCUCCACAUCCUCUGAGAGGCUGAUUCACCACAGAGUUUUAAAUCAUCAAUGUUGCUGGUUUAUUUCUGACUUUUGUGUUUUCAGGUUCUUCUCUCUCAAACAGAGCAGAUGUGCAAAGAUAUGAGGCGUUACCAGAUUUCCUAUGUCUUCACAGUAUUUUCCACAAGGCUAUCCAGUGUUACAGGCUUGUCAUUGGUCUGUUAAUCCCCAGUAGAAUUUAUGUUGAUCAUCUAAUGAUGACUUUCAUAAUCUCUGACGUGAAAGCGUCAAACAGACGUCGGAUCUAUCAGAAGCUAAGAUUUGCCGUUCAUUAAUUGCAUUUGUCAACCUUUGAACAACUAGUCAUCAAACACAGUCCAGAGUUAAAAUAUGUUUUAUUUUCAUUCCCUGUAGAAAUUAAUUAGAAUUUUCUGUUGGCUCCAUGAAAUGACAGAAAUUUGAAAGAUAAUCAUCAGCAAACAUGAUAAUGUCUACAGUUAUUGACUUGAAAAGUUCAGUGCACAGAUGGAGCGAUGGAAGGGACGUGACGCUGCUUGUGUUGAAAUCUCAGUGCAUCAUGUGAGUAGCAGCAGAUCAGAUGGAUGACAGAGUUGGGAGGUUGGACACACUGAUGGUCCCGUGCCAGUAGUUACCCCCCUGUGGACGGGACAGAACACAUAGAGCAUGUAGAUGCACAAAGUCCUGGUGAAACACUGUCCCAUGAUGAGGUCAUGGAAUGGGUGGGACAUGAGGACAGUGAGGUAGUGCCAUGAUGUUAGCCCUCCCCACUGAGACACUAUGGCCAGUGGUCAACUAAAGUCAGUGAAGUACCUUAAGGCUCCCACAUAUUUCACCCAAAGUGCUGAAAUCAAUUCUCAAUGAUGUAGUAACUUGACAAAAAUUGCAUCAACUUGUUUGCUGGAGAGCAGCCAUCUUUCUUGACACCAGGCCCGCUGCUGCAAAAUGUCUCUGUGAAAUGUGUUGUGGUUGGUCAGAAGUUUGUUUUUGUAUUUUAUGUAGAAAUGCACUCAGAUAGCAAUGUUGACAUUUCUCUUCAACUUAUCCGCUUCCUCUAUCUGGGGGAUAUGAUUACUUUUGAGCAACGUUUAUCAGACAUGGUGAGGAAUUACAUACAUUUGUACAACUCUUCACUAAAUAUCUACACAGACAGUCAAAUGGCUAAAAAAGUCUGGUAGAAAUUGUGGUGUUGUCGUCGAUGAAGGAGGUUGUCUGUAAAAAGGUUUGGCACUUACUCCAGGACCACUGCGUUAAAGCAAAAUGGAGGAAGCAGGGAGGGAGUGGUGAGUCUGGCAGGAAGAAAGUUAUUCCCAAGUGCUACUGGGUUGUGACAUAUUCUGAAGGGAGAGAGGUCUCCCCAGGAAGUCAGUGACGUGAUUGAAAGAGAUACAAAUGUCCCACAACCAUGUGAUCACUUGUCAACUGUUUGGCUUUGGGUAAAAUAUGGGACAGCUGUGGCAAACCGUGGCAGCAGGAGAAACACCGGUGUGUCUCUCCAAGAGUCAGGCUCAACUGUCCACUAAACUACCAUGGUCUCCCAUGUGGUGGGCAUCUGUGGUAACGCAGACCUGAGAUUCACCACGGAACAUGAAAAACAGCUAAAGCUGUGGCUGCCAUUAACAAGCCAUGCAUAGGGUGUUGAAUCAGCAACCCAGCUGGUAGAUGUCAUUUAGAUUCCUGGAAAGAGUCCAGCCCCUGUCUCCAGAUGUCACAGGGUUCUGUGUUGCUUGAUACAAUGAUCCUCCCUUGGCGUGUCGUGUCUCUGGAGAGUGGGACUUUCUUGAUGUGUUCUAGAUGAACACUAAUUUUGGGCAACUGCGACUUUUAUACAUCCAACACUCUGGGCGGGUACCAGAGCCCAUAAACGUCUCCUCUGGGUCUGCUGACCUUCUCUCAAUGUUCCUGAUGACUGUUGGAUGCUGAGGUUACUGCCCAAUAACACUGUCCUGCUGUUUGUGAUGUCGACCCCACUGCCUCCUGGUGGUGGUUAUAGAUGCAGCAACUCCUUGAAAACCAAAGAGUAGAAACCUUAAGAAAAGCUCGACUAAAUGCACUUGUUUAAAGGAUGUUCAGCUCCUUGAAAGCAAAUGCAAAGAAGUGAAAACUGCAUGAAUACUUCACACUUUGUUGGAGCUCUGUUUGUGUUCGUUCCACUUCCCAACGUUCAUGAAAUCACUCCGCUAGCAACUGAAGUGGUGACAGCACACAAUCAGAAGUCUGUUCACAUCACCACUUAGUUUUAAAUGAGAUGUCAGCAGCAGAUUCAAGCAAACUGUGACACUUCUCAUCCUUUAACUGACAAAUUGAGCCUCUUAUCCAGCCUGUCAGGGUAUCAGUGAUGACAUUCAGGUAGUUUUAGAUCUGAGAAUGGAUCAGUCAGGAGUGGAGGAGAACCGGAGCAUCUCAUUACUGUGAAUGGAAAAUACUGAUGUUUGUUUCAUCCUCUCUGAAGGGCUGCUGGAAGCCCACACGACUACAGAAGACGUUUGUAGAGAGAUCUCUGUCAGGGUUCAAUGUUAUGAUGUAACUGUUCAAUGCAAUUUGUUAAAUAUGAGCAAAUGUCUAUUUAUUUUCAUAUUUUAAAGAUUGAGUUUAUGAAAUCAGAGAUUUAUUGUCUAAAAGUUGUAAACAAUAAUAGAUGUCAGGGUUUGUUUUUCUAAUUUGUGUGUGUUGGUGUGUAUGCUAUUGCAAGAAGGAGAGUACAAAGUUUGAUAAUGUCUGUAGAGUUUAGCCAAAGAUAUUGUGCAAAUCUGAUGUCUGGACAAUCUAGAAGAACUGUAUGAUGUAAGAGUAUAUUUUAUAAUCAUAUUAGUUUUAUAUAUUUUCUGCUUUAUUUUGCCUUCUGCUGGUCUGUACAUAGAUGUUAGCAUAAACCACAUUAGCACUGCUCCUAAUUAGCAAACAUGUCAAUGAGCCACUGAAGUGUCACCAUUCCUCUGGGAUUUUCUCAGACCUUAACCCAUGUGAAGUUUAACCAUGUUGUGAAGCACAGAUAGUUGCAUCCAUCCAUGUCAGGGACCAGCAAACAGUAGAGAGGGAAAGGAAACUGGGCUCACAGUGGGGCCCAACUGGACCAGUGGGGACCUUUUCUGAGAAACCCAGAGAGGAACACACAAAUAAGCUUCUAGGCACCCAAAACAACUGAUCCUUUCACUAACCAGAUCUAUCAUUCAGUCAGACAGACAAGACUGUUUCCAAGCUGCCUGUCGGGUCCAGAAAUCACCGAUAAGCAGGCGAGCUUUCAGAAAUCAAGCUGGGAUCAGUACAGAGCACUACACUUACGUUUGUCAGGCAUCUCUAGUUUUAAAGGAGAAACACACUGGUGGUGUGUGUCACCUUAUCAGUUUGGGUUCAGCUGAAGUUCCAUCGUCUCUGAAGGAACGACCUUCGACCUUCGUCCACUGACCAGUUUGAUCUCAGCACUUCACUGUAACCUGCUCUUUGUCCGUGAGCUGAAAAGAAACGAUGUGUGACGCAGCAUCCUAUGGCGGUCAGGGUGAGAGUUUGCCUUAAAUGUAUCGGCCAUCUUUGUUUUGAUCUCACAGGUCAUUCCUAAAUCACAUCUACCAGAGCCAGCUAACCCUUAAAGAAGUCAACUUUACAUGUUGGCUACAAACUUCAAACCCCCACAUGGAGCCUCUGCUGCCUUUGUUUUGGCAAAUCUGCCUCGGUUCCAUGCAGCUCUAGUGCCCCAAAAAUAUAAUUAGACCCCUUUUAAGACUAAACAGUCAAAUUAUGACAUGGACAACAAAAGAAAGGAAAUGGCUGAAGACCCCCUCUUAUUUACUCACAUUUCUCACACUGUCCCAAAGUUGGAUAAAUCAGCCGAAAUCUCAUCCAAGCUUAGAAUUCGUUUCAAUUCCAAAAUCCAAUAUGGCUGCCUGACAUGUAAAACGCUUUGAUGGCUGCAAAAAUUAGCUAUUUAUUUAUUUGGACUUCUAUCAGUAGUAGUGAUAACAUUUUAAAAUUUUAACCUGAUGCACCUGCAGUCCCACCUCUGCUGGUAGACAGUGUGUGUAGGAAAUCAAUGGACAGAUAUGCAUUAC